GGGAGGGCGCAGGCAGAGGAGGUAUGAGGGGUGAGGUCACAACUCCCUUGAGCGCCGCGCCGCCGGCUUUUCAGAGCCUAGCCAUGAGCGCGCAGCCCCGGCCGCAGACCGCGCCGACCGUGCGCUCCUCAGCCCUUCCGGCGCCGCCACCGCCUCCGCCCAUGUCUCAGUACGCCCCGGGUUCGGACCUCAAGGGGGCUUUGGACGGCAGCAGUCCGGAGGCCAACACCGAGGAUGACAAGACAGAGGAGGACAUACCCAUGCCGAAGAACUACCUGUGGCUCACCAUCGUCUCUUGUUUUUGCCCCGCGUACCCUAUCAACAUCGUGGCUUUGGUCUUCUCCAUCAUGUCUCAGAACAGCUACAAUGAAGGAGACUACGAAGGAGCCCGGCGGCUGGGGCGGAACGCCAAGUGGGUGGCCAUCGCCUCUAUCAUUAUUGGCCUUGUCAUCAUCACCAUCUCUUGUGUGGUGCACUUUACAAGGAAUGCCUGAGGAGCCUGCGGUUGGCUGCAAGCACGGAGGAUGACCCUCAUCCACACACCCCGAAGGCAUCUGUGAGGACUGGAUCCUUGACUCUAGACUGUGAGAUCACUUCCUCAGGACUCUCCAGAGGCAGGUCCCUGGCAAAUGAACAGCACCAACAAAAGUCCCCCACUUAGGAAAUCUAAGCCACACAGCACCAUCAGCCAAUGUCCCCGAUUUAUACAAAAAA